CUUCUCUCUCCCCCUUUUUGUUGCAUGGCUGACCAUAAAAAAGCUACACAAAAAGUUUGAUAAGGAGAAGGUGCACCCUUGUAUCGCGCGAGAGUGGCAACAGGAUAAACAGAAAAUAGGAGAGUAAUAGAGCACAAAAGAAGGGAGGGGCAGCCAAUAAACUAAAAAAGAAACUAUAUAUUUUCUCUCCCUUUUUUUUCCUCAAUAAUCUCAUAAUGGCAACAAGGCAAGAAGAAUAUGAAAUGACACGCUCACAUUCAGCGGGAUCAAGUCGAGAUUAUGAACGACAAGAAGAAGAAGAAGAAGAAGAAGCUCAACUAUUAGAUAAAGAAGACUCUUCUUCUUCAUCUUCUGAUGAUGAAUGGACAGUCAUUGUUGAUGAAGAUCAACAAGAAUUACCACCUGAUAACCCAAUUAUGCGAUAUGUCUGUCUUGGACUCGCUAUUGGGUUUGGAUACUUUGUCGUUAGAAUGAUACUGACUCUUUCAGGACAUGAUCAUACAAAGCAUCGAGAAGCAGAAAAGUUAUAUCAUAAUGGAUCUGACUAUUUUGCAUCAACAGUCUUGCUGAUAUCCUUUGAUGGAUUCAGACCUGAUUAUCUAGAUCGACAUAUUACACCAAACCUAAAGAAACUUGCUGAGGAUGGCGUCAUGGCAAAAUAUAUGCAUCCGUCCUAUCCACCAAGUACAUUCCCCAAUCACUGGACAUUAGUUACAGGACUCUAUCCAGAGACACACGGUAUCGUGGCCAAUUCAUUCUAUGAUCCCGAAAUGGGCUUAUUUCAACAUACAGAUCAUUCAGCCACAUCCAAUCAUUCGUGGUGGAAAGGAGAGCCAAUAUGGUUGACAUCAAGAAUGCAUCGACAAAGGACAGCUUCUAUUAUGUGGCCAGGAAGUGAGACACAUUACAAUACACCAGAUUACGUUGUACCUUUUAAUGGCUCAAUGGAAAUGAAGGAGAAAAUGGAUAUAACAUUGAGAUGGCUGGAUAUGGAGUAUGACCAGAGGCCACAAAUGAUAUCAAUCUAUAUUCCACAAGUAGAUCAAGAAGGGCACAGAGGCGGGCCCAAUAAUUCCAAGAUGAAUAAAUAUAUUCAAGAGGCUGACAGUGCGAUUGGAUAUCUAACAGAUGAGCUUUCCAAGAGAAAUCUCGACUCGCAUAUUCAUAUCGUCGUUGUCAGCGAUCAUGGCAUGACUACCACCACCAAAGACAAACUUAUCUAUUAUGACGAUAUACUUCCUGCCAAUUUACUAAAGUACGUUCGUAACGAGUCACCUUUAUCCACGCUUGAGUUUCAGCCAAAUAUGACCAAGGAAACCAUUCAACAAAUCUAUCAUCAAUUAUCUAAAUAUACCCAUACUCAUCACUUUAAUGUCUAUUUACGUCAAAAUAUGCCUGAUCACUAUCACUACAAGCACUCUGAUCGCAUCGCACCCAUCGUGGUUAUUCCUGACAUCGGUUAUACAUUUGUUACCCACAAGACACCACUUGAACAGUUAGGGGCUGGCGACCAUCAUGGAUAUGAUAACCUGGCUGAAGACAUGAGAGCCAUGUUUGUUGCUUUUGGACCCAAGAUAAACAAGGUGUAUAAACAGGGCUCAAUUUUAGCACCAUUUUUUAAUGUAGAAGUAUAUGGAUUCAUGAGUGAGUUAUUGAACAUGGAUGCAGCACCCAACAAUGGGUCAAUUGGAGUAGAAUUCCCUGUUAUUUACGAACCUCCUUUUUAAAUAAAUAAAUAAAGUGUGGCAAACUCAAUUCAGUUCCUUUAAAC